CAUUGAGUGGGUAGUUUUUGAUCAGUCUCUGUAGAUAAUAAACGUGUAGUUUUUUCAGCUCUCGUUUUUUCUCUGAACCGCAUAUCGACAAUUGGGAUAUAUGGAGAAGAAGCGUUGAUGCAGUAGCUGGAUUUCUGUCUUCCGGAUAAAGAAAAAAGGAAACAUGGACAUUAUAAACGUAUGUGCCUGGCCUAAUGUGCAGACUGCACUGGUCGGUACAUUUGUAUUCCUGUUGGUGAUGACAUAUCUACGACGGAAAAGAUACAGACUGCCGCCAGGUCCUCCACAGCUACCAAUAUUGGGGAAUUAUUUUGCCUUUUCGAAAGAUGUGAGACUGUUUACGGUUUUUGCAGAAAUGGAAAAGAAAUACGGAGACAUAUUCACAGUAAAUUUUGGUUUUGGACAUAACUCCAUUGUGGUGAGCUCAGUUGAUUUGGUGAAUGAGUUAUUGGUGGAAAAGUCAGAAGAAUUUGCCGGCAGGGACACAUCUCUUUGGUCACUUUACUUGAUAUCCGGUGGAUACAAGGAUAUUGCAUUUUCUGACCAUGGACCUGUGUGGACAUUACAGAAAAAGAUGGCAGUGAAGGUCAUCAGGUCAUACGUCUUUAGCGGUAAAUUAGAUUGUUUGGCGAAGUCUGCAUUCGAGGAGGUUGCCCCUUUGUUGUCGAAACAACCAGAACCCUUAGAUGUCGAUAUCUACAUCAAUUUACUAAUUUACAAUAUGAUCUGUAGGAUUUCUUUUGGCAAGAGGUAAGCUACAUAAACUAUUGUCAAUGUUUACUCGGCCGUCUAGUAACGUGUCCGUCAUUUUGACCAUUUUAUUGAAAUAACCUGUAGACCAGGGCUCCGCAACUCGAAAGCAUCGCGUAUUGCGAAUAGCGAUAUCACAUAGGGGCUACAAUGUAUGGGCGACUAUGGUCGAGUUAUGGAAUCGAGACGCUUGCGCUCGGACGCAAUGCGCCAUGCUUUCGAGUUACGCGGCCCUGUAGUAUAUAUGCAAGUGCCUUUCUAUUCAUCCAUAUAUUACUCGCACUUCACAUUCUUUCCUAUCUCAAAUAACUCUACGAUGAUGAUAUAGUUUAGUGAAGAAAUCGCAUUCGUAUAACAUAUGCAAAACCAGUACGCGAACUACACGUCUGUAGAA